CGGGACUCAGAUUGCUUUCGACUCCGAAGAUACCGACUCAGCCUUUGGCGACGACUCGGCUUCGUAAGUCUCGUGGCCACACCUCGCUCGCCGACUGCGCCGCCCUCUAACACGCAUGCAAGCGAGACGACGUCACUCAAAUCCGCCGUGGUCAACUACAAAUACCGCAACGGCCGCCGCUACCAUGCCUACAAGGAGGGCUCGUACUGUGCGCCACCUGCCUGCCUCUUCCCGUUGCUCUUCCUAAACUGUGCGCAGGGGGACCCAAUGACGAGACCCAGGCAGAGCAGCUGGACAUUGUGUAUGCACCUCGACCCCCUUGCGUUACGUCAUUGUUGACCGGGCAGCCACCACAUAUGCCUCCUGCUACUCGAUGGCGAGCUGUUCAUGGCUCCCUUGACCAAGGACCCCGUGCGCGUCUUGGACUUGGGCACGGGCACCGGAAUCUGGGCAAUCGACUUUGCUGACAGAUACCCCUCGUGCGAGGUACUGGGAACCGACCUCAGCCCUACGCAGCCUUCGAUGAUUCCCCCCAACCUCCACUUUGAGGUUGACGACUUUACCGAGCCCUGGCUGUAUCGCAAAGAGAGCUUUGACCUCAUCCAUGCUCGAUCCUUGUUUGGCUGUGUUGCGGACUGGCCAACAUUUUACAAGGAGGCGUUGGACCACCUUCAGCCUGGUGGUUUCAUUGAACAAUUGGAAAUGUCUGUCGUGCCCAAAUCCGACGACGGCACCAUAGCGCCUGAUUCCAUCUUGGACAAGUGGGGAAAGAUCUCGCUCGAUCUCGGCGACAGAUUUGGCAAAUCAUUGCGCACAGCCGACGAAGCAAAGGCAGGUAUCGAAGCGGCUGGUUUUGUCAACGUGGUAGAGCACCGCUGGAAGCUGCCCAUUGGCGGCUGGCCGGCCGACAAGCGAUUCAAGGAGCUCGGUCUCUACAACCGCAUCAACUGGGAGCAGGGCAUAGAGGGGUGGAGCCUGUACCUGCUUACCACGCUGUUGAAAUGGACUCCUGAAGAAGUCCAGGUCUAUCUGGCUCUGAUGCGCCAGGCCCUCCGCGAUCGCCGUAUCCAUGCGUACCAGGAGGUAUCGUUGGUUUAUGGGCAAAAGCCGAUGAAGCCCUCAGCGUAAUGUUCCAGAUUUGGAGUUGUUGCUUUGUUCCUGUUAACUGUACGGUCGAGGCGUUUUUCAAUUGAUGGACGGACAGUGGAGAAGAAAAUUUGGACGUCUGAUAUUCAUGUUAUUCGGUAUUGAGCUCUGCAGCAGUGUUGAUGGGAUAAUU